AUGGCCAUUAUCGCUCACAAAAUUGUUCCCGGCCGCAUCAGUUUGGAUCUCGAGGCAACAGUCACUGUCAGCGCCAUGAUGCCGCCGCCGCCACCUCGCUCGGACGUCUGCAGGUCAACCCGAAAUGUGCGCACCAUCCAGCUUUUGAAGCCUUAUGCUAAUAAGAGAGUCGCGUCCGAGGGAAGUAAGCCACUGAUCGACCCUCAUUCUGUCAAUGGAGAGCCUUUCAAAGUCAAUCUUGCCUGCCCGAGUGGUACCUGUGGUCUGCUUAUCCUGUGUACGGACCAGCUGGCAGAAGAUAGGGUUCUCGAGGAGGUGGUCGUCGUGGGCCUCUAG